CCUCUAUUCUUUGGACUGGCUCUUGAUUUCAGUUGUGCCUUAUUUGAACCGACCCAGUGCAAGGACAGUUCGUCAAAGUGCAUGUUGAUGCACGUAGAUCGGGCAGCCUGGAACAUUCUCAUCAUUUGCAUCAUACCGAAGAUCAUCAACACCUUGGCAAUGGUCGUUCUGAACUUCGUCUACAAGCCACCGAAGCCGAGUGACAAAAAGGAGAUGUUUGGUGUUGAAGGGCAGCUGACGGAGGAGCAACAAAUCAUGUUGAAGCCUGUUUACGAAAAAAAUGAUCUGGAGGUUGAGACGAAGAGGAGUUAAAUUUCGAGAAUGUCCCAUUUUAAGCCAUGUUCAUUUUGUUUACUUUGCUUUUUUUCCUGAAUUGAGCCGACCUAUUUUAACGGUUAAAUUCAGCGCCACACUUUAUCACGUCACAAUGCCACAACAUGCAUUGCUGUUUAUAUAAUCUACGAAUUCGUUUAAUUUUUGUAUAAUUUUAACUUAAGUAUUGUAUCUUAGUGGCUUUGUAAAGUUUUUUUUAAUGAUUUUAAUUAUGUAUUAUUGACUGCAUGAAAAUUCGACUUACGUGAUGUUGAAAGUAAAUAUUUAUUUAAACAAUGACAUUGUGUAUUACGUUACAUGUUAAGUCCGUACAUUGAACACAAGUGUCUUACGAUUUAACUACCUAUUCGUAAUCAUUAAUCAAUUCAUAAUGAAUUUGUAAAAUUUUUUAUGACGCUGUUAAAUUAUUUUACGCUGUGAAUAUAACGUUCACUACAUUUCAAUCAUGACUCUUGGUGCUACUAUGUCGAAUGCCGUGUGUCAUGGACAAUUUUGAAUUUAUUUUUUAAAUUAUUUAUUCAUAUUUUUCAAUUUCAAUCAAAUAUUGUACAUUUGUUCAUAAUAUCAAGAUGAAAAGUAUUAUACCUUAUAAUGCAAAUCAGUUUUUAGGAUAUUUGAUUAUAUUGCUGACAUUCUGGUGUGUCAUUAAAAAUUAUUCUUGCCCAAGCCCGUUGUCUUCUUUUAAACAGUUCAUACGUUUAUAGUUAAAUCAUUAUGGUCUUGUUAACGUGUGAAGUUAUGUUUUAAACAGGGCAAGGAAAACGAUGUUUUUCUUGACAAUAAAUCGCUGGAUAUUUUUAAAGUACAUUUCUAUAAAAAAAAACAGUAUUUUGAAAGCUUUACAAAGUAAGGUUUAUUUAGACAAGCGUCUCGAAUCAAUUCUGCUCGUUAGUUUAAACGCCCCGGCCACAAGAAGCAACAAUAAACUUAAACAUACACACACAACAACACAGAAUACAUGAAAUAUAUUGUAUAUAUAUUUUAUGACAUCACUUAAGAGAUAAUCUACGUAGGCAAUUCAUAAGGUCACCUCUAACUAUAAAUAAGGCCAAACGCAUAUGUGUGUAUAGUAGUAUAUACACGUGUAUAAUAAAUAUUUGUUUAUUAUAAAUAUGUAUAAUAAUAGAUAUAUAAUAUAUAUUUGUAUAUUAUAAAUAUGUAAUGAUUGUAUAUUUAUUUAUUUCCAAGCUUCGGUGAAGUAAGCAUUAUUUUGCAUUAUUAAAAUUAUAAACUCCUAAGUAUAUUUAAUCGAUUAAAACUCGAAUCGUAUAUGUAUUUUUAUGUAUGGUAUGUAUGCAUGGAUAUAGAAUAACAGCGCGUAAACACUGUUAUUUCUUUGCACUUUUAUUUUAUCGUCCCUGCCUAUUGACACAUGGCUUCGAACGAGGAUUUAGUUUUGCGUUUAUAUGACGUUGGGGCGAUAAAAUGCGGCGAGUUCAAGUUAUCGAGUGGCCUCAUCACCCCACUCUACUUCGAUCUGAGAGUCAUCAUUUCCUAUCCGGAGAUUCUUGUGGAAGUUUCUGAUCUGCUUUAUGAGGCCUCCAAAUUAGUAUCGAAGCCUUUCAAGAGCAUAUGUGGUGUGCCAUACACAGCUCUCCCUAUUGCAACAUUAAUCUCCGCAAAGCACAAAAUACCCAUGCUGUUGAGAAGAAGAGAGGCCAAAGAAUAUGGAACAAAGAAAGCUAUUGAAGGCCAUUUUGAACCUGGUGAUAUUUGCCUGGUCAUUGAAGAUGUUGUCACCUCAGGUCUCAGUGUGUAUGAAACUAUUUUGUCUUUACAAAGCGUUGGGGUCCAUGUUAGUGACGCAGUGGUUUUGCUUGAAAGAAGUCAGGGUGCAACUAAUAACCUGAAGAUGCUGGGAGUUAAUCUGCAUAGCAUCUUCACACUACCUGGCAUGAUGGAAGUCCUCGUGAAACAUGGCAAGUUAGAGAAGGCAUUCACGGACAGGGUACUCGACUUUCUGAUCAACAACCAGACCACAAUAUCCAUUAAGCAAUCAGCUAACGUCAGCAAUGGAACGCACUGCAUGAAAACUCGUGAUUUGAUGGAGCGUGCAAAACUAGCGAAACACGAAGUCAGUCGGAAAAUAUUUGAGGUGAUGUACCAGAAACAAACGAACCUCUGCCUCUCCGCUGACGUCACUAACAGCAAAGAACUUUUACAUUUGGCCGAAUCAAUCGGGCCUUACAUAUGUGUGCUGAAGACACAUGUGGACAUAAUUGAGGAUUUCGACCAGUCAACCUGUCGAAAUCUGCUCAACAUCGCUCACAAACACAACUUUGUUCUAUUUGAAGACAGGAAGUUUGCCGACAUCGGUCACACGGUAUCCAAGCAGUUUACCGGAGGAAUGUUCAGGAUAUCCGAGUGGGCUGACGUCAUCAAUGCCCACCCACUUCCUGGACCUGGAAUCAUAAAGGAACUUAAAAAUGCCAACAAGAGGAGUGGAUGUUUGUUGAUAGGUGAGAUGUCGACCAACGGAAACCUCAUCACGCCUGCAUAUACCAAAGCAACGUUGAAGAUGGCCGAGGAGAAUGACGACUUCGUGAUUGGGUUCAUUAGCACCUCAAGAAUAUCUCAUGAUCCACAUUUCCUUCAUUUCACUCCUGGUGUGAGCCUGGAUUGCAAGGGCGAUGGCAAGGGCCAACAGUACCUGACUCCGAGUGAGGUCGUCUCGAAGAGGGGUGCGGACAUUUUGAUUGUCGGCAGGGGAAUCACGCUCGCUCACGACCCCGUCGCAGCUGCAAAGGUGUACGCCCAGGAAGGUUUCAGUGGCUACCUCGCUGCAGUCGAUGUUUAGCGCUCACUUUUAAAAUUCGCAGGACUGAUUCUUGGUUAUCAUCGUUAUAAUUUGUUGCGUUGUCAUGAGUUGCUGCUAUGUUACAUUAUUUGUCAUUUGUUUCGCCGCGGAGGUAUAUGAAAAUACAUAGCAGCCUCAUUUUCGCAGCAGGCAUUUUAUUUGUUGCACGAUUAGUUUAUUAUUCAUAUAUUCGGCAGGUAAUGUUGGAUUUCAUUAAUCAUUUGUUCUCUAAUUUGAAAUAGCAUAACUUUACGGUUUAUGGACUUUUUGUUGCUUCGGAUCGAAGUUGCUCGUUGAAGUAUUUUAAUGCUUUUAAAUUUUUUAAGAUCAUUUGGAAUGAUUUAUAAAAAGACAACUUGUGUUCCGUGUUUGUACGAAAA